AGUACAGCAGAUUCUUGUUGCUGGCUGCACCUGCACGAGGUCCCGCCGGGGCCGGCUCAGGGAUUCCACGCCGUGAGCCGACCGCCUUAUCGUCACCAUCUUCUUCGGUCCGGUCCCAGCCAAACCUUCCUCUUCUUCGGUCUCCUCGUCGCCAUCUCGUUUGUGGCCGCCACCGCGCCCCAUCCCUACCCUACCCGGGACAUACAUUUGCUAUUUAAAAGCCUAGCGACAGAGCCGAGUGUGCCUCUGCUUCCUCCUCCCUCCCCCCCUCGUCUGCCCUCGAGAUCCCACACCGCGCGCGUGCCACGUUGUCUUCGUCCUCUGCGCGCCUUCGGUCACCCCGCCGCCUGUACUGUACAUGCGGUAGUACGGCGCAGGAACAAGAAGGAUUUGCCAGCAUGAGCGGGGAGCUGCAGGUGCAUGCAUCUAUCGUUGGGUUCUUGGCUUGGUUGGGGGGUGAACUGAGUCUGGAUGCGCCGAACGGGAUGUUGGGGGAGGCGAGAGUGAGAGCACGGUCGCUCGCUUGAGGUGCGGCGCCGUCUGCCGUGCGGUGUCGUGGCGGUCUAGUAGAGGAAGCUAGGAAGAGGAUGAUGGGAGCUCUGCAGCUGCAGAGCAAUGGCGACGGCGCUGCUGAGGGACUCUUACCGGACCCGGGCUACGUCGAGGUUGAUCCUACCGGGAGGUAUGGCAGGUACAACGAGAUUCUCGGCAAGGGGUCCUCAAAGACUGUGUACCGGGCCUUCGACGAGCACCGGGGCAUGGAGGUGGCGUGGAACCAGGUGCAGCUGCACGACUUCCUGCGCGGCCCGGCGGAGCUGGAGCGCCUCUACGGCGAGAUCCACCUGCUCAAGUCCCUCCGCCACCGCGCCGUCAUGCGGCUCCACGCGUCCUGGGCCGACGCCGCCGCGCCCCGCCUCGCCGUCAACUUCGUCACCGAGCUCUUCACCUCCGGCACGCUGCGCCAGUACCGCCUCCGGCACCCGCGGGCCGGCGCCGCCGCGGUCCGGCGCUGGUGCCGGCAGAUCCUCGACGGCCUCGCCUACCUCCACGCGCGCGGCGUCAUCCACCGCGACCUCAAGUGCGACAACAUCUUCGUCAACGGCAGCCAGGGCCAGGUCAAGAUCGGCGACUUCGGCCUCGCCACCGUGGCCCGCCGCCGCGGCUCGCCGCACGCGGCGCGCUGCGUCGUGGGCACGCCGGAGUUCAUGGCGCCCGAGGUGUACGCGGAGGGCUACGACGAGCGCGCCGACGUCUACUCGUUCGGCAUGUGCGUCCUCGAGAUGGUCACGCUCGAGUACCCCUACAGCGAGUGCGUGCACCCCGUGCACAUCUACAAGAAAGUCACCUCCGGGAUAAAGCCGGCGGCUCUGUACAAGGUGAAAGACCCCGCGGUGAGGCGGUUCAUCGACAGGUGCCUGGCGCCGGCGUCGCGGCGGCCGAGCGCGGCCGAGCUGCUCAGCGACCCGUUCCUGCAGCUGGAAGACGGCUGCGGCCUCGGCUACGGAGACGACGCGGACUACAGCGCCAUGUACAACUACCUGCACCAGCCCGCGUGCCUGGACCACCACCACCAUGCCGGCAGCAUUGGCUCCACGGCGAGCAACGGGGUGGUGUCCAAUGGCGGCGGCGGCGGCGGCGGCAGAUGGGACGACGAGUCCGAGGACGAGGACGACGAUGGCAGCAUGUUCCAAGGCAUCGACCAGCUGUUCAACGAGCACGAAGACGACGAGCUGCACGUUGCUGGUGUCGACAUCACCAUCAAGGGCAAGAGGAUGCAGGACGGACGCAUCUUCCUCCGGCUGCGUAUCGCCGACAAAGAUGGCACAGGGAGGGUCCGGAACAUCUACUUCCCCUUCGACGCGGACGCGGACACGGCGCUGAGCGUGGCCACCGAGAUGGUUGCGGAGCUGGACAUCACCGACCACGAGGUGACCCACAUCGCCGAGAUGAUCGACGGCGAGGUGGGCGCGCUGCUGCCGCACUGGAGGCCGGGUCCUGGCAUGGACGACGACGACGGCGGCGGCGCCGGUCCGGACACGUCGGGCGCUACCGACCGCUGCAAGAACUGCCGGUCCAGCGCGUCCUCCGCCGGGUCGCUGGACGACUACAUGUCGGCGGCGGCGGCGGCGCGGCGCGGCUGCCGGUGCGCGGAGCUGCACGGCCGGUUCGAGGAGAUCACGUUCCAGGCCGACGAAGAGCAGGUGCGGUUCCAGGGCUCUGGGUGCAGCUCCGACGACGGAGGCGGGCAGGCUGAGCAGUGCGCCGGGGACGGAGGCAGUACUGUAACUGAACGUUCAGACCAGCCAUGACCUGGUUCCUCGCAGGAGCAACUCCUGUUUUAAAAAUCUGAAAAUGUCACCAGUGCAGCCGCACAGCUGCUUGUAAGUGAACUUUUUUGUGGCUCUGGUUGAGCAUACGAUCGUUAAGACGGAUAUAGUUUGAAGUUUCAACAGGCAGGUGCUUUCCCUGAUCUUUGUUGUUGUUUUUUUUUCCACUCUAAAACUGUUUUGUAGAACUCACACAGAAUGACAGAAUAGUGUAUUAUAAAUAGAUAACCAAAGACAGUUGGAUAUU